AGAGAGAGAGAGAGAGAAAAAAUAGGAGACGGAGCACUACAGACUUAUUAUUAGAGUUAGGGAGAUAGCUGGAGACAGACAAAAAAGAAAGAGUGAAUUGUUUGUAAAUCACAACAAAGACAAACAGAAACAACACAAGCCUUCACGACGUACCCAGCCUUAUUUGCCCUUUAAAAGAAGAGGCAAGAAUGGACUUUAUUUCUAAGGACAAUUAAAAACUCAUAAAAUUUUUGAGAUCGUGGAUUAAGGAUGGGAAUGCAGUUCUUCCUGAGAACAACUGGAAAACGAGCAUAAAAGAAGAAAUGGUGGAUUUUCAUCAACUCAGAGCAUGAAGAACAAUGGAAGCGUGGAAUCUGAUUCAAGAAUUUGUCAGCAUUCAGAAAAAACACUGGGGUUGUGCAUUUGUGUCCUAAUUUUUUGAGGCCCUUGUUUUGUUGUUUCCAAGAACCCUUUUUGUGAACAAUGGGAAAUUAUGUCUUAUUUGCAUGGAUUUCUGCACUCUCACUGGCAGCGAUACUAAUCAGUGCGGACAGCAAGAAAAGUGGCACUUUCAUCGGAGAGUCCAAUCCUGACCGUUGCAUGAGGCACCAUUAUGUUGAUUCUAUUAACCACCCUCAGCAUAAAUGCACUGCAAAGAUGGUUCUGCUAGCUCGUUGCGAAGGACGUUGUAGUCAGACCUCCCGUUCCGACCCACUUGUUUCCUUCAGUACAGUCCUAAAACAGCCAUUUCGUUCCACUUGCCAUUGCUGUCGGCCGCAGACAUCGAACUUAAAAGCAAUACGUCUGCGUUGCUCAGGAGGACUAAGGCUGACUGCCACAUAUCGCUACAUCCUAUCCUGCCAUUGUGAAGAAUGCAAUUCGUAAAGAUGAACUAAAUAUUGCAGUGGGAUUCUAAAAAAAAAAAAUGGACAAUGAAUACAAAUAUGUUAUUGAAGUUUUGAGGUAAAAACAAUGGCAUCAUUGUGAACGUAUUUAAAUGUCAGCCUUUGUGAAAUGAAAAAACGACCAUUGUCAUGUUUUUUUAUUGUUUUUAUUGUUUUUUAUUUGGAUUAAUGUAUGUUUUUAUGUUCCACAUUUUUAGCAAUGGAUUACAAUUUACUGGUGUUUUUGCCUCACAGUCUAUCUUACAGUGAUCUGCUAAAGGAUGCACACAUUGGACUUUUGUAAAUCAUUUAAUUAAAUCCUUUAAUUGUCAGAUUCCAUUUUAUUUUAUUUUAAAACAAAUCAUUGUUUGACUGCUGAACACUGAAUGGCAGAUUUGUUUGUUUCAAAUGCAAAAGUAAUGUGAUAGACUGACUAAUUAUGAAAUAAAUAUUUAAUGUAUGAACUGUUUUGCCUUUUCAGA